AUGCAAGACGAUGAUGACAAUUUACAACUGUUAACCAAUAGAGGUGAUAUUGCUGGUCGUGCAAAGCAACCGUUGCAGCCUCAAUCCACUACUUCAGCCACAUCUGCUAAUAAAGGCACUUUAGGCCGAGGCCUAUCGAAGCCAUUUUCAUCGACAAAAAAGUACAAACAACGACAGUCCUUCAACGUAAAAGAGUACUUGAAAAAUCUAUUCAGUAAAAAUCAGACCGCUUCAGGCACAGCUGGUGAAAAUGGUGAGCGCAUCAUUCAUAUCAACAAUAAUCAUCUCAAUGAUGAGCAAAAGUUUUUGCACAACCGUGUUUUCACUGCAAAAUAUACCGUCAUUACAUUUUUGCCAAAAUUUCUGUACGAAGAAUUCUCAAAAUAUGCCAAUCUCUUCUUUUUAUUUAUUUCUGGUAUACAGCAAAUUCCUGGCAUUUCACCGACUUCGAGAUAUACAACACUUGUGCCGCUUGUCAUUGUAUUACUUAUCACCGCCGUAAAAGAAGUGAUUGAGGAUUGGGGUGUUCAUCGUUCAGAUGCAGAAUUGAAUGCUCGAAAAUGUAAAGUACUGGUGGGCUCGCAGUUUGUCGAAAAGACUUGGCGUGAUGUUAAAGUGGGAGACAUAUUACGUGUUGAAAGUGGAGAGAAUUUUCCUGCAGAUUUGAUUUUGGUGAGCAGCUCUGAGCCAGAGGGCUUGUGUUAUAUAGAAACAAGCAAUUUGGAUGGUGAAGUGAAUUUAAAAAUCAAACAGGCUCUGCCACAAACAGCAACCAUUUUGGAUCCAGUGGCUAUGAGUCGCUUAGAAGGCGUCAUUAAAUCAGAGCAACCCAAUAAUCGCCUGUAUAAUUAUGACGGCGUCCUUUCGGCAAGCACUUCCUUUUCGGAUGAAAACAAUCAUGUUGCAGGAAAGAUCAAAGAAUAUGCAUUGGAUCCUACACAACUUUUGUUACGUGGCGCGCAGCUACGCAACACCUUGUGGAUUUAUGGUAUCGUUGUCUUUACAGGUCACGAAACAAAGCUCAUGCUGAACUCUAGCAAAAAACCUUCCAAAGUAUCCAAUGUUACGCGUAUCACAAACCGUAAUAUCUUGUAUUUAUUUGCUAUUCUCGUCGUGAUGAGCGUUGCAUGUUCUAUCGGCGGUCUAGUGUUUUCAAUUACAAAAAGUGGUUACGUAGAUGGAUACUUACAGCUAGAAGCGCAAAAUUCCCGAGCACAAGCAUUCGGCUACGAUAUCCUUACCUUUCUCAUUUUGUUCAACAGUUUCAUCCCUAUCAGUUUAAUGGUCACUAUGGAAAUUGUUAAAUUUGUUCAGUCUUAUCUGAUUCAAUCCGACCUGGAUAUGUAUUACGAUAAAACAGAUACGCCAGCAGUAGCACGCAGUAGUAGUUUGAUUGAAGAACUAGGACAGGUGAAAUUUGUAUUCUCGGAUAAAACAGGUACGCUUACCUGUAAUGAAAUGCAGUUUAGAGAAUGUUCUAUUGCUGGGAUUUCUUAUGCCGAGAAAGUGGAUGCCGAUAAGCAAGCUCGCGAUGGCGUGGAUGAUCCCACCUUACAAUACAACUUUACCCAACUCAAGGAACACCUCACAUCACAUCCAACGGCCAAUGUGAUCAAUGAGUUUUUAACACUGCUGGCCACUUGCCACACAGUCAUUCCAGAGGCUCAAGAAGGCACAGACGAAAAAAAGUACCAGGCUUCCUCACCAGACGAAGGUGCUCUUGUGAAAGGUGCUAGUGAUUUAGCCUUUAAGUUCCAUACACGAAAACCAAAUUCAAUUGCUUGCUCACAAUUAGGUGUGGAAUAUGAAUACCAAGUGUUGAACGUUUGCGAGUUCAAUUCAACGCGUAAACGGAUGUCAGCGAUUAUCCGUGCACCUGAUGGCAAAAUAAAACUUUAUUGCAAAGGCGCAGAUACCGUGAUUUUGGAACGGCUUGCAGAGAAUAAUCCUUUUGUGGAAAAUACAUUACUUCAUUUGGAAGAUUUCGCUUCCGAAGGGCUUCGUACAUUAUGUAUCGCUAUGAGAGAAAUCCCUGAAGAUGAAUAUGCUCGUUGGUCUCAGAUCUACGACAGGGCAGCCACUACCCUUGUGAAUCGUGCAGAUGAACUGGAUAAGGCUGCUGAAAUGAUCGAGCAAAAUCUGUUCUUGCUUGGUGCAACAGCCAUCGAAGACAAGCUACAAGACGGUGUGCCUGACACAAUUCAAACGCUACAAGAAGCAGGUAUCAACGUCUGGGUUUUAACUGGAGAUCGACAAGAAACAGCCAUUAACAUUGGGUAUUCCUGUAAAUUACUAAAUGAGGAAAUGAGCUUAAUUAUAUGUAACGUGGAGAGUCAUUGGGAAACAAAGAUCUUUCUUGAAUCAAAAUUAAAAGAUGUAACAAGCGCUAUGGAAAAAGGAGAAGAGUUAGAGCCAUUGGCAUUCAUUAUUGAUGGCAAAGCACUAACAUUUGCUUUAGAAAAAGAUAUAGAAAAGCUCUUAUUUGAUUUAACAGUGUUAUGUAAGGCAGUGAUCUGCUGCCGAGUCUCCCCGUUACAAAAAGCUCUUGUCGUCAAAUUGGUUAAAAAAUAUGACAAAUCCAUUCUUUUGGCCAUUGGAGAUGGUGCUAAUGAUGUUUCUAUGAUUCAAGCGGCGCACGUUGGAGUAGGUAUCAGCGGUGUGGAAGGUCUCCAAGCGGCUCGAAGUGCUGAUUUUGCUAUCUCUCAGUUCCGUUACUUGAAAAAGUUGCUACUGGUACACGGUGCAUGGGCUUAUCAGAGGUUGAGUAAGAUGAUCUUUUACUACUUUUACAAGAAUGUCGCGAUGUAUUUGACGCAAUUUUGGUACGCGUUUUAUAAUGGUUUCUCAGGCUCAACUUUGUAUGAAUCAUGGACAAUGUCAUGCUUUAAUGUCAUAUUCACUUUCUUACCACCAUUAUGCAUUGGUAUAUUUGACCAAUUUGUUACAGCAAGAAUGCUUGACAAAUAUCCUCAAAUGUAUAUGCUUGGACAGAAAAAUGAAUUUUUCAAUCAAAAAAAAUUCUGGGGUUGGUUUGGCAAUGCAGUGUUUCAUUCUUUGGUUUUAUUCUUUUUGGGUGUAGGAAUGCUCAGUACAGAUGGCGUCUUCUCCAAUGGGAUAGUCGGUGGGCAGUGGUGGGCAGGUACCGCUGUUUUCACUGCUGUUUUAGGUUGCAUUCUUUGGAAAGGUGCUUUGAUCACAGAUGUGUGGACAAAGUAUGCUUUUAUUGCUAUUCCAGGAUCGAUGAUAAUUUGGUUUAUCUAUUUGCCUGUCGUCGCUUUUAUAGGGCCCGCUAUCUCUGUUGAUAUCUUUCCCGAAUAUUAUGGCAUUGUACCUGCUCUCUGGGGCAAUGUGAAUUUCUGGUUGUUCGUAUUGCUGGUACCAUUCGUUUGCAAUCUGAGAGAUUUUGUUUGGAAAUAUUUGAAGAGAAUGUAUCGCCCGCUUUCGUACCAUUAUGUACAAGAAAUACAAAAGUACAAUUUACCAGAUUAUAGACCCCGUAUGGAUCGUUUCAGACAAGCCGUGAACAAAGUGCGUCGUAUCCAGCGUCUAAAAAGAAACCGUGGUUACGCCUUUUCACAGAAUGACAGUGACCAGGCAAAGCUGAUUCGCGUCUAUGAUACCACUCAGCAAAAGCCAUUAGGUUAG